GAGAAAAGGGAGUGGGUGAUAGAGAAAGAGAGAGAGAGAGAGGCAGAGGGAGAGAGAAAAGAGGAGGAGAACAGAGGGAGGGUCUGAAAAGGGGCCGUACGCAGCGGCUGUCACACGCACACAUUUCCACACACCGAGCCGCAGGAGAGCACAGGUGGGAGUCGACGAGAGGAAGCCAUCUCAGCAGCUCCAGCCCCUGGUGCCCCUGCAGUAGUGGGAGUUCUAGGAUCAUCAAGAAGAAGUCAAGACACAUUCAGUCUGGAUAAGCCAUUUGCUUUUCCUGAGCAGCCUCAUCUCCUCGGACCUAAUCUGAACAGAACAAAUAAACCUGCCAUCAACUCCGGCGCUGACUGCAAGAACACAGAGCUUGAUGAAGCCACCCAGGGCGAAUCUGUCAGCACUGCGAGGAAACAGGGGGAUUACAACGUCAGGAAUCUGUUUAUAAUACUAACAUACGCAUAAAGAACAAUAAAUCCUUGAUGAAAUAAGGGUCUCUUCAACAGUGACAUUCAGCAAAGUCUGGACGACCUUUCAACUGAAUUGUGGUUUCUUGCCCUAAAGAAAUUACAGGAAGCUACCAAACGCUGCCCUUCUUUUCAGGCAUUGUUGAAACAUUUCAAGCGAGGGGCGUGCACGUGUCUUUCGAGAGCCACAGCCAGCCUCCUGGACGUUGUGCUACACUAAAAGGGGUGGGAGAAGAAAGAGAGGAAGAGAAAUGUCUGGAUCACUGAAGGAAAACAGACCCGAACAGAACAGUGGAUGGUGUUUCAGCCUGUGGCGGAUCUGAUCGCAAUUGUGAAAUAUUCUUGGCUCUCGUCCAUGGGAACCGAUCCAGGGUGCAUCAGAGAAAGAAAGAGAGGGAGUCUCACAGGACGGUCCAGAUAGAGCUUGAGUAAUAUUGUGGGGAGUAGAAAGCAAAGUGAAAGCGUGGCUUUUCAACACUUCUCUGUCUCCUCAGACGGAUUACUCCAGAGAGAAACCUGCUGGCAGAUGGAGAACUGAAGCCACACCUUUUGAUCCUUCCUGUGGGUCUUGAGGACAGGACAAAGUCCGAAGAGCUGAAAACCCCCUCCCUUGUGGGCCACCUUCAAUCAAACACAAGCGGUCAAGCCUAGGCAAGCAGGCAAACGGGACUCCUCAGACCUCUUUGCUUUUAAACACUUAAAACUGCCCGUGCUGAACACCGUCAGCCCCAGGGCAGGAGGAAGGGAUGGAGAGGGGGCACGACCCCAUCAGUAGAGGGGUCAGCUGGACCGGGCUUGGAGCCAUGACCCUGACGGAGAAAGCCAGAGAUGAGGUGAUCUCCUGUGUGGACAGCGGCGACAGGACUAGCCCUCAUGGCUGGGAGAAGGAGAAAGAAAAGCACAGCUGGGUCAAAGUGAAGCCAGUCCUGACCUCCAGCAGCAACCGCCCGGCACGCAAAACAAACCUCAGCCGGAGCGCAAGCCUCUCGGAGAAGGAGCUGAAGGAAGCGCAGACUCGGAGUCAGAUCAUCGCAGCGCAGCUGACCGUGCCAUCUAACACCAACUCCAGAGGCGUCCAGCUUUUCAACCGCCGCAGACAAAGGGUUGAUGCCUUCACGCUGGUGAGCGUGGGAGGUGGAGAAGGAGCCCACCACCAGUCUCGUAAUGAACCAGACUCUCCUGCAUCAGGCACAUUGACAUGGGAGCACUCGACUGACGGCCAGUCCGGAGAUUUGAACCACAGAAGUAGCCAGAUCCUGCGGCCGUCCAUCAAGGGACGUGACAUGGAGGGGGAAGAGGUGCUGUGUGAGCUGGGAGACAUGGGGGACAGGGCAGGGGACAGACAUUUUGUUCCUGUAAACGAGAAGGAUGAGGAAAUAGCUGAGGAUUCAAAGGAUGGAGGUGAAAGCACAGCUGUUCUUGACCGAACUGGACAUGAAGAUGUGCCAUUAAUGGUGGAAUUAAAGGACCCGGCAGAUGCUUUUAAAGACAUCCCAAAUGGCUGCCACAGCACUGAGCACAAUGGACAAGCAGCCAAGCCAGCAUCAAAGCAGCCAACCAUCAUGAACAGGACGGCUCGGCCAUUUUUCUCCCCAGCCGCAGUGACCUUGCCUGGGUCCGGAAGUCCUGCUCCAGACACCCCAGCACCCUCCUACUCCGCUCCUCUACUUGCUGCUUCACCUGAUAGUGAUCUGCGACCACCAACUCAUGUUGAUCCCCCUUUCCCAAUAUCAUCCAGACCAGCAUUCUCCCCUCCACCUCCUGCGCCUUCGUACCCGACCCCUCCGCUUCCCACCUACAUGAGCCCACCUCCGUCUGUCCAUUCUAACCUUCCACCCUCUGCCAUGUCCCCCCCACCAGCCCCUGUCUACUACACCCCUCCGACUGCACCCCGCCCCACCUUCAUCCCUCAGUUUCUGAGUGAGAGGUCAGUGGCACCAAUUCGGACGGGAAUCCUGGAUGAAGGCGUCGUCCGGCGGGCCAACCGCAAAUCAAUGUUCACUUUUCAAGAGAAGCCAAAGUUAGCCCCGAACCCUGAGCUCUUGUCUCUGGUCCAGGGGGCUGACGAGAUGAGGAGAGGACGGGGCCAGUCAGAGCCACCGCAGCAGGAGGAGGAGCUCCUGGCCCUUGGAGCAGAGGCCUCCAACUUCCUUGCCAAAGAUGAGGGCGGAGUGGAGGAAGCCUUUGUGCCGGAGUGGGCAUCGACACUCAAAAGCACCAGAACCCGGAGCAGGACAGAGCACAAACCUGAGCACAAGCCCGAGCAAGCCCUGACGGACGCAUCUGGAAAGGGGGCGGAGCUUUUUACCAAGCGCCAGACCAGAAUGGAGAAGUACGUCCACGAAAACAAAGCCGGAGUGAGAUCUCCUUCUCCAACCUCGUCCUUACCUCCCUCCUGGGUAUAUCCAUCAAACAUGCCUGGUCGAGUGAAGGCCAUCAUUAACUCUUCCAAUAUCAGUGCACAGAUUGCAAAGUCUCUCCAUACCCAGCCGGCCACCAACAAGAAGAAUGUUCCAGCAAAGGUGCAAGCACCCGCACCACCUCUGGUCCCGGAAAGCCCGGCGUUGGAGAAUGGCUGCAGCAGAGUAGAAAUGGAGCUAUCCCGGCACCAACCUUACCAGCUUAAUUCCUCUUUGUUUAUCCUCAGCCCUACCAAGGAUCCCAUGGGCACCCUUCCAAGGGCAGCACCACCACCUAAAGCUGUAUUGACUGGACCCUCCUACCCCAGACAAACUUCUCUCCCAUCCAGCCCCAUAACUGCCCAGUAUAGUCCUUCAGCUGCCUACAGAUCGGCACAUUGCUUCUCUCCUCCUGUGAUGGCCCUGAGCAGCAGCCUGGCCUUCCCUGAUUCAGGCUCAGCUCCUGAACGCGUGGCUUCACCUAGGUCUACCGCACAGGCACCCAAACCCACCUUCUCUGCCAAGAAAGCCGGGAUCGCCCCACAGGUCAAAGAAGAGUCACCAGUUGCAGCUCCAUCCAGCCGCUCCAGCACCCCAACUCCCUGGACACCCAACCUUUCUCGCCGCCUCAGCAGCCCUGAGGGCCUCCACAGUGCCAUUUGGUCCCCCAGCACCCAGCGGAGCAAUUUAGUUACCUCUCCACCACCCCAACCCAUCUAUAACCCAGCGACCUCCUCCCCAACCCCAAAACCCAUCUAUAAUCCCAUUCCCUCCUCUCCAACCCCAAAGUCCAUCCAAAGCCCCAUCAGUUUCUCUUCAAGCAUAAGACCCUUCCAUAACCCUGCCCCUUCCACCCCAUUCUCCAGGCCCACCGCCAACCGCACUCCCACCACACCUGUAUCUCCUCCUUGGGAGACCAGGUGCCAAUCCCCAAUCAGCCCCCAAGACACCAAGGCCAACCACCGUCUCCUGGCCAAGAACAUCAUCAACGCAGCCAAGCGGAAGAACAGCCCAUCGCCUGGAGCUGUCAGUGGGCACAGCCUACCCAUGUCUCCAGUCUGCAGCAACAUCCUGCCCUUUGAAACCAAACCUGCGAGCCCCUUCCAGUCGCGCUCUCACAGGGCCCAGUCCCCAACCUUCACCAGCCCCCCGCCAACUCCCACCCACAUGGUCCGCUCUCCACUGCGUCUCUACAAUACCCGAUCCCUCACUGACUCAGAUGCCUCCCUUGACUCAGAAGAUUCAGGUGUACGCUCGCCCGGGGUGCGCACCUACAACACCUGCCCACGUGGCUGGACCGGGAGUCUGAGGGUGAAGCGGGGAGGUGUCUCCGAAGAUCUGUAGGAUGCAAGGAUUAAGGGAAACAGGUUGGACUACAAAUUGGACCAAACCGUGGACCAAUUAUCGGGAAAGCACCAGCAGUGAUCCCCAGCGAUGCUCUUAGAGACCUACCUGCUUAAAGAGUUUAGCUCCAAUCGCUAAUUUGGCACAUAAUCAGUGUCUUCAGUAGACCUUCGAUUUUGCUCAAUACCAAUAAUGGAUUUGGAAAGAAGCUUCUGUAGAAACAAAGUCAAGAAUGGAGAGUGGAAGAAUUGACAACAUACAGUACUGUGCAAAAGCCAGAGACCACAUAUAAAUAGUUGAGCCCCAUCUAUUGCUUCAGAUCUGAAAACAUCUACAGGUGUUUUUGUCCAUCCUUCCACUGUGAGAGGACAACUAAGCGCUAUGGGUCUGAAAGGAUGUGCAGCUGUCAAGAAGCUGAACAAUGGACUGACCACCCCAGAGUCCAGACCUCAACAUCACUGAAUGGGUUUGGGGCUACCUGGAUCAUGAGGAGCAGAAAGUGUAACCAACGUCUGAGACUGAACUUUGGAGUUAUCCUCAAAGUAAGGAAAUGAAGGGUGGUCUCUGGUUUUGGCACAGUACUGUAUUUUGUAAGAAUGGAGAAUACCUUUCAUUGUCAUACCGUAAGUCAGAACAAGGAAUAUCUGAUCAUGAGGCAUUUCUUCAAAGAUUGCAUUGCUCACUCCAUGAGAUAGUUCUGACUCACCUCUUCUGCCAUUGCAAUGAUGUGGGGAACCACAUUUAUUCCUAAUGACAAGUUACCAACUGAUGCAACCACAGUAUUCAGAACAAGUUGAGACCAUUUCUGGGGUAUUUUUACCAUUCUCAGAACCAUUCUCUACGUCCUUGAGUACUGGAAUUGGAAGAUGGUCAUCAAGCAAGUCCACAAGAACCUGCACAAAUGUAUAUUAAGAACAGUUCUUGCUUAGCAUGUAUCAAAUUUGGGCUGGAAUUCAACUCUGCAGGAAGGUUAACCGGGCUGGUGACCCUUGGACUAGAGACUGGACUUACAGUCCCAGGAUCAUAGAUACAAUGGAUGAGAGAAUGGAAGAAAGAACUAAUUCUGCUUCCAAAGUGGCCUUUCAAUUCUGAAUGUAAUGCUGGAGACGUUGAUAAAUGCCAGUGUUGUCAGCUGUUACUCUACUUGGGAUUAUGAAGUGAUAAUGAAAAGAUUUUUUAUCCUCUAGAUGGAAAUCCCAGUGAUUUACCUGCUCUACAUGGCUGAUUCAGCUCAUAAUGGGUUUGAUAAAGGGAGUUAGCUGACGAGUGGAAUCGGAGAGCGCUCAGGCCUUGGACUGAACGGCUUUGCUUCAAUUGCUUUGCACCUGACAGACUAUGCAUUACAUGGACUUUUCUGGUAACACUUUACUGAAGGGCAGCGUUCGGAACAUCUUUACAAGCCUUUCAUGACAGCUAACAUAAAUCUACAGGGUAGUAGUGGCAGGUAUGUGCAUACGUUGAUGUACAAACAGUACAAACCCUAUACAGACCAAUGUUAACCCCUUUAGCUGAGUGGCUGAGCCAGGGAUGUUUCAGUCAUGUUUCAAAUGAAAACGAAAACACAGCAGGCCUUCAAUCACCUCCCACUGUCUGGCACAUUACAUCUGAAGUUGUCCACUUUGUUUUUGAGGCAGCAGGUAUAAAGGAGUAGGGGUUAGCAUUAGCCUAACCAGAUCGAUUGCUGCGCUUCCUCUAGUAAUACAAUGAUUCAGUCAGUCAAGCGUCACCACAGUCGGCCUUAGCACAAAGUAUGCGGUGGACCAGCUGAUACUGGUAAAUGUAUAAUUGUAAUAUUUUCCGUUUUCCAGCAGCAUCAGACGUGUUGAGAUUUGAGGGCCAGAGCAACACUUUUAAAAAUGGUUCUUUAAGGGUUCUUUAGUAAAGAAAAUAAUCCCAUUAAGAGCCAUAAACACUCAAAAAACUCUUUCUAUGAUUAAAGGGUUCUCUUCAUCAUGGAAGGGUCUUCAUGAAUGUGUUGUAAAUGGUUCUAUAUAGAAUCUUUGCAUGAUUAAAGGGUUCUUUGCAUGGUGAAGUGGUUCUUCAAAUUGAUGGUGGAGGUGCUGUUGAUGGUUCUACAUAGAUUUU